AUGGAAAGAGAUCAAGCAGCUAUCUGGGAAGGACUGAAGUCAGAAGAAAGUGAUGCUAGGCAAUCAGCCCAUGGCAGUACCGGGAGUAGACGUUCUAGGUCUGGCUCCAAGAGGUUGAAUCAAAUACAGGAAACUGUGUCCCGACAGGAGGCCAUAUCACAAAGGAGCCAGGAUACUCUGAACAACAUGACAGCCAUGAUGCAAUGGCAAGUUAAUAGACAAUUCAGAAAGGACCGUGAGGCUACUAUGGCCAGGAUUCCAAACCCAGAUGUUGUGGCCCAACAGCUAGACCUCCCUUAUGGACCUCUACCAGGACUGGCAUGA